GGAUUGUCCGAUAAUGUAUUUAAGACGUUGCCAAGACCCAGUUCAGGACACAGAAGACCCUCGAGGUGAAGUUACAAGAUGUUUAAGCUCAGUUUCGUUUUGGCCGCAGUGCUGCUGUGUUCCGUAAUUGUCACAGCGCAGGUGAAGCCAAAUUCAGAGAUCGGCCGGGUUACAGUCCAAGUGCCGUUGCUGGUGAAUGGAAAGCCCGUGAUCACCCAGGAUAAAGUAGAUGAUGUGACGGAGGAGGUGGCACGUGUUGUUGAGGUGAAACCAGGCAAGGUAAGCACCACUGAGCAGGUUGUGGUGCCACCCACUGUGAGCAAGCCGGUGGCCAAGGUGCGCAAGAUGAGAGCUAUAGUGGAGACAGUUAAUCCAGGAGUACCUAAUCCUGGCAAGCCCAAUCCUGGUAUCCCAAAUCGCGGUUUGCCCAACCCUGGAGUACCAAACCCCGGAAUGCCAAAUGCCGGAGUGCCUAACCCUGGCAUGCCCAAUCCUGGUAUCCCUAAUCGCGGUUUGCCCAACCCUGGAGUGCCCAAUCCUGGCAUGCCUAAUCUUGGCAAGCCCAACCCUGGUGUUCCCCAUGUGGCUGCCUCGGAAGUUCAACCCGUCGUCGUACAAGCGCCCGUCACAACAACGACCCCAGUUGAGAUGCCCAAAACAGUGGCGACAAGAAACUGCUUCCAGCUGUUGUUGGGCGAUAUGACGACCACGCCCCAUCCUAUGCCAAUGCCGCCCACUGAGCCCGAAAACUGUGAUGCAGUGUGCACCAAGUUCGAGCUGCUUCCGAUUUGUGCCACCAAUGGCGUCUGCAUCCAUGAGUUCCCAAAUCAGUGCAUCAUGGAUAGCUUCAACUGCAAGCAUCGUGAUUCAGCGUUCCGCGAAGUCGAUGAGCAAGUCUGUCGCAGGGGUUUGUGUGCAAGGCGUUGCACUCCAGAAGAUAUCAAUAUGUAAUUUUAAUUAACAUUUUACUUGUUUGAUAUUAUUAAAUUUGCUUAUAAAUAAAAAAUCAAUUUAAUAUCAUAUGAUAUAUGAAAAA